UCCAAAAAAGGGGCCAAAAAAUAAGCAACAAGUUUUGAUUCUCUCGUAACUUCCCCCAAAAAUCAGCAGAGCGAGAGCGAUCGGUUAUGGCGGCGACGGAGCAUCACGGCCUCAGUGGAGGAGACUACAAUGUCGACCUUUUACCAAUUGACGAAGACGAUUCGCCACCAUCUUCAUGGCGUCUCAGCCUCGACACAUUUCGCCUCCCUUCUUCUUCUCCGUUAUCAUCUGGCCGCCACAACGGCCGUACUCGCUUGUCUCGUUAUCUCCGGACUCCGAAAAAGGAACGCAAAGUCUCUGAGUACUACAAGCAGCAAGAGAAGCUCCUGGAGGGUUUCAAUGAGAUGGAGUCAAUUAACGAAACUGGUUUUGUAUCUGGAGCUCCAACUGAGGAAGAAUUGAAGAAGCUUGCAAAGAGCGAGAGGCUUGCUGUUCACAUCUCAAACGCAGCAAACCUUGUGCUUUUUGUAGCAAAGGUUUAUGCUUCUGUGGAAAGUAGAUCUAUGGCUGUCAUUGCUUCCACUUUGGACUCUCUCUUAGAUCUCUUGUCUGGAUUUAUUCUAUGGUUUACUGCUAAUGCCAUGAGAACACCAAACAAUUUUCGCUAUCCAAUUGGAAAACGACGGAUGCAACCUGUGGGAAUCAUUGUGUUUGCAUCCGUGAUGGCAACUCUUGGACUACAAGUGAUACUAGAGUCAACCAGGCUACUUGUUUCCAAGAAGGGUUCUCAUAUGAGUAGCACAGAGGAAAAAUGGAUGAUUGGAAUAAUGGCUUCUGCUACAGUCGUCAAGUUUCUGCUCAUGCUUUAUUGCAGGAGUUUCCAGAACGAAAUUGUUAGGGCCUAUGCACAAGAUCACCUCUUUGAUGUUAUCACCAAUUCAGUCGGUUUAGCAACAGCUGUUUUAGCUGUAAAAUUCUACUGGUGGAUUGAUCCCUCUGGGGCUAUAUUAAUUGCUCUGUACACAAUCAGCACAUGGGCAAGAACGGUUCUAGAGAAUGUCCACUCACUGAUAGGACGCUCAGCACCACCGGAUUUCUUGGCGAAACUAACGUUCUUGAUAUGGAACCAUCACGAGAAGAUAAAACACAUAGACACAGUGAGAGCCUACACGUUUGGGUCACACUACUUUGUGGAAGUUGACAUUGUGUUGCCAGAGAACAUGAGGCUGCAUGAAGCUCACAACAUAGGAGAAACUCUUCAGGAGAAGCUGGAGCAACUCUCAGAGGUUGAGAGAGCUUUUGUCCAUAUUGACUUUGAGUUUACUCAUCGUCCCGAACACAAAUGCAAGGUUUGAAUAUCCCAAUAGGUUAAUGGAUAAUAAAUUAAGCAGGUAGUCUUUUGAUUUCUCUAGGGUUUUUGUUGUUUUUUCUUUCCCUAUGUACUAGUCCACAAAAGAUGAAACCUUAAAUCAAUCCUCCAAUAUGUGUGAGUGACACUGUUAGAAACGAUUUGGUCCUUUUGUCAGGUGAAAAUGAAAAAGAAACCGACAAAACUUAAAGACUGUUACAGGCCUAAGGUUAUGGCCCAUUAACGUGUAAUUUGAAAUACUCGGCCCGAGUUACUGCUCGUUAGGAAAUGAUUGAGGCCCAAUUAAGAAUGCAUGUUAGUAGAUUAUAGGCCCAUUUAUCACCCAACUGAGUCGGCUUUGUUACUCUUUCUUUAGGGUUUCUUGAGAAUCGUCGCUAUAUAAAGCCGUCUUUUCCACUGGUUCCUACAUCCACCAAGCGAGCUCUUCCAUUUUGUUUCAAACUGAUUUAUUCUUCUUUCGAUUCUUGUAUUUUAAAUUGUAGGUUAUCUUAGGAUCGUAGCCUGUGAUGUUUGAGAUUGUCCGUACCAUCUGAGAUUCUCAUUGACGAUUACCUCCACUUUCUGAGGCUUUAGAUCUGUUUCUCUCUAGGUUUAUACAGUUUUGUUUUCGAUUUCGCCAUUGGGAAUUCUAAUUCAUUAGUUUUAUUUUGUGUUCAACUGUAUUAGGCGCUGAUGAUGAAACAAGAUUACCAUCAAACUUUGAGAGAUUCAUACCUCGUUGAUGUAUACUUCUUUUUAUAAUCUGAGCCUAGUUUGUUUGAAA